AUGGAACCCAUUCCCGAAGAUUUGCACUCGUCGUACUCUUUGACUGUCUCGCGCGGAAGCGGAAGAGAUGGAGGAUCAUCAGAGCUCCGAGAGACAGGUGGAAAAUAUUUACUCUUACCUCACGACUCAAGUGCAAAACGGGAGCAAUGGGGCAAUCGUUACGAAAGACAGAUAAGCAAUGCUCAAUAUCGCCCGAGCCCAUCUAGGGAUUUCCCGACUCUUCAAGCUGAUGAUAUCCUUCUCGCUUCUGAGCAUGUCCCAUCCCUCGGUUCCCGUCUCCUCUCCUCCGUACACCCGCCCAUCGGACUCAAUAACAAACCCAUCUUCAUAGCAUCCUCUGAAUCCUACCUCCCGCAGCUCGUCGAGCCGCGGCGCACCCUCCCCAGCAAUUUCUCGUCGAGUGAAACGCUCAAUCACUCCUCCAAAACCCCGCCCUCAUCCGCGGACGAGGAUAUCACGUUUCCUGAGGGCGGUGCAGGAUGGCUCGUCGUGUUCGGAGCGUGGUGUGCGCUGUUCUCCUCGCUGGGGAUCAUGAAUACGAUGGGUGCAUUUGAGGAGUACAUCUCGACGCAUCAGUUGGAGGAGUAUGAAGUGUCGACUGUGGGCUGGAUAUUCAGCUUAUACGCUUUUCUCACGUUUGGGGUUGGGCUAUUCGUUGGGCCCAUUUUCGAUAAACAUGGGCCGAGGUGGUUAAUCCUUCCUGGGAGUGUACUGAUUGUAAUGAGUAUGGAUUUGAUUGGGUAUUGUUCAGAGUUCUGGCAUUUCAUCCUUGUCUUCAGCGUCCUGGGGGGAAUCGGCUCCGCACUGCUUUUCUCGCCAUCUAUCACAGUAGUCGGGCACUUCUUCAACAAGAACCGCGGCUUCGCAACCGGGAUUGCAGCAACAGGCGGCGCGUUCGGCGGCAUCGUGUACCCGCUCACCCUGCAGUCUGUUAUGCCUAGGAUAGGCUUUCUCUGGUCUACAAAGAUCAUAGCGUUGAUCUCGCUGGUCCUCUGUUCAUGCGCCAACGUUCUCAUCAAGAGCCGAGUCACAUCUGGUGAAUACUCUAGUGCUCGUCCGGAUAUCAGGAUAUUGAGGCACCCAGCAUUUGCUGUCACCGUGCUCGGAGUGUUUCUACUGGAAUUCGCGUUAUUCGUACCGCUGACCUACAUCAACGCAUACUGCGUGUCCAAGGGCUUCAGCCCGGCCUUCUCGGCUGCGGUGCUGCCGGUUCUGAACGCCGGAUCUGUGUUUGGAAGGCUGUUGCCGGGGUAUUUCGCUGAUAGAUAUGGCAGGUUCAAUAUAGCCAUCAUAGCCAUAAUUCUCACAGUGAUCUCCGUCCUCGCCAUCUGGCUGCCCUUUGGCUCCUCCAAGCCGGGCCUCAUAAUCUUCGCUCUGCUCUUUGGGCUCGGCAGCGGCUCCAACAUCAGUCUCACGCCUACUGCACGCUCUCAAUCGCAUCUUGCAGACGCUCCGCGAUAUCGAAGUACCGCUAGAACAUGUAUCGAAAGAGGUAGUUUCAACCCUCGCCCAGUGUCGGUUGGUCGAUCAGGGCGGACGACAUACAUACAUACAAGCGGCGCGGAAAACGCCCCCUCCUCCUACAAGAUGCGCAUCGGAAUUCGACAGCAGCUGGGAGCGGUGGUUUUGAUGACCGCUCUCGUCCCUCUAGCUGUUCUUGCCGUGGCCACAUGGAUCAAUAACCGGAACUUCGUGGUCAGAAUUACUAGCCAAGAGCUGAGCCUGACUGCUAGUCUGAAGGCCUCCCAAAUUGCUCUGGAUCUCCUUCUCAUUCAAUCGACAUGUAGUACAAUCGCGACUCGUAUUCUGUUGAAUGAUGCAUUGAAGUCAUUUUACAGAGGGAAUCAGACAUCGAUGAACUGGACCGAAGCCCUUGAGGACGUGUCAAGUGCCCUAAACAGUGGCGGCAUCUCUUCAUUGCUUCAAAUUCAAGUUUUCUCGCGGAAUUCGACAAUUGGAAUGGACCUUGGAAGGGGAAAUACUUCCACAUAUCUCCUCCGGGCCUCAGCGCCAACAUCUGGCAUAGAAUUACCUUACACGUAUCCGAAUGGGACGACCGUGAAGCUAGGGGAUGACUCGGAUCUUGGAUACCCUACCCAGCUUUACCCUAAUAUUACCUACACGACAACUGAUGCGCCAGAUCCUUUAGACCCUUCGGUGAAAAAAGUCAGCGCGUCUGCCUUCAACGAUCUGCCUCUUAACAGCACCUCUGAGCUCCUUCUGGGCCCCAUGCAGGUCAAUAAUACCUAUGCUCUCUUGUCGCUCACGCUACCGAUCACCGAUAAUUCAAACAGGUCGAAUGUACUAGCCUACAUGACAGUUGUUGCAGCAGCCUCGUCUCUUAUCAGCAUUACGCAGUCUCGCGAGGGUCUGGAUAAUACGGGUGUUGUUCUAUUGGUUGGCCCAUCAAGACGAGAGAACUUAUUUAGAUAUGAGCAGCGCCCUUCUAAUGCGAACUAUACCGCAGAUCCUGAUAUCGUUGGGGAUGCGAACGUCCGUUUUGUUCUCCCUCCAUUGCCCUUCUCCGGCCAGCACAAUCGGCAUGCGAAAUAUCUUCAAAAUAUUACCGACUACGGGACUUCCAACUUCAGCAUGAAUAAAUAUUCGGCUGCUGUGGUUGGAUUUACAGAAUGGUAUGACACGGUGAAUAACGCCGGCAGUGAUUUGACGACAAGGAACGAACAGGGUGAGAAGGUGGCGGUGGGGUUCGCAAGACCGCAGAGCGCUCUCGUUUCUUGGCUUCUCAUCGUGGAGCAAAGACACUCUGAAGCCUGGGCUCCAAUCGAACAGCUCAGAACUAUAGUUGCGGCUUGUGUAUUCGGCACAAUAGCGCUUGUUCUGAUCAUAAUCCUUCCCAUGGCCCACUACAGUGUUCGCCCGAUCAGACGGUUGCGAGAUGCUACAGAGAGGUCGAUUGCACCGCCUGGCUAUACUCCCAGAGGAAGUAUGCAGAGUGAAACAGAUGACCGCGAAAUCUUUGUAGAUGGUGUAGGUGAAUUAGAGGCUGGGAACAGUGGCUCAUCACGCUCGAAGAAGACCACGUUUGUGAGAUUACGAAAUUUGGGUUCGAGCGGCCGAAGGAGGACUCUCGUUGAACGCCAAGAGGACGAGAGAAGAAGAGUCUUUAAGAUUCCAGGCAAAGUUCGAGAUCGGAAGCACUGGAUCACCGACGAGCUCACUGAACUGACCACGACAUUCAAUGAAAUGUCCGAUGAGCUCAUGACACAAUAUUCUAGCCUCGAACAAAAAGUUUCUGAACGUACUGAAGAGCUUGAAAUCAGCAAGAGGGCCGCCGAAGCCGCGAAUGAGAGCAAAACACUUUUCAUCGCCAACAUUUCACACGAGUUGAAGACGCCCUUGAACGGGAUUCUCGGCAUGUGCGCGGUAUGCAUGGGUGAAGAAGAUCUUCCCAAGAUCAAACGCAGUCUUGGCAUUGUCUAUAAAUCCGGUGACUUGUUGCUGCAUCUACUCAAUGACCUGUUGCUGUUCAGCAAAAACCAAAUCGGGCAGCAAUUAAGUCUGGAAGAAAAAGAGUUUAGCCUGUCUGAUAUCAAAACCCAGAUACUCACGAUUUUCGCAAAACAGGUUCAAGAGGGUAAAAUCGCUUUCAGUGUCAAAUACCUCGGUACAGAUGCAGAGGCUGACCAAGAACCCACUGAAAAGCCUUGCGGAAUGCCUUUGCCUGCCAUCGGGCCGGGAGGCGUAGGCAGGCUCAAAGACUUGUCCCUUUGGGGUGAUCAACACCGUAUUCUCCAGGUCAUAAUCAAUCUUGUGAGCAACAGUUUGAAGUUCACUCCUCAGGGUGGGAAGGUCGAAGUACGUAUCAAAUGUUUGGGCGAUGUAGAAUCGCUGCCCGAUGUCAGCAGGAACUCGAUGGGAUCUAAACAUGGCUCUCAACGCAACUCAAAACAUCGAUACCGAUCAGAUCAUGGCUCAAACCAACCUUCUGUUGGUACGGCUUUGAUGAUCAAUCCUAUGGACCCGAGACAUACACCACGAUUGCAAACUCAGGAGCGACCACAUACUCCACCACCCCCUGGUGCUCGGACAUUGAUGUUUCAAUUUGAAGUCGAGGAUUCUGGGCCCGGAAUUCCAGAACAGUUAAAGGACCGGGUAUUUGAGCCAUUUGUUCAAGGUGACCUAGGUUUGAGCAAGAAGUACGGCGGGACUGGACUAGGUUUGAGCAUUUGUUCGCAGCUGGCCGGCUUGAUGGGAGGCACAAUUACUCUCGCGGACGCCGAGCCCCAUGGGUCGACAUUCACAUUGAGAAUACCACUCAAACAUACCAGGUCUAGGGCUCCAUCAACUUCGAGUUCAGAUUUCCAUGCGUCGAGACCUGUCAGUCUAGACGGUGGCACUCGAACAAUUUCCAAAACCCCAGUAGAUGCUACUCCGAAUGAGGGCUUCAAAAAAGAUCCUCAGCCUCGUCUUGUUGGUCUGAGUCAACCGUUCUUCGCUUCAGCAUCGCCAACGACCGAAAAAGACCAGAACAGUCAACUUACUGCGCUGUCAAAGACAGCUACAAAAGAGCCCGGGUCGAAGCUUCGGGUGCUUGUAGCAGAGGAUAACUUGAUAAAUAUUGAGAUUGUGCGACGAAUGCUCGCUUUUGAAGACAUCUCCAACGUUGUGGUAGCAAAAGAUGGCCAAGAAGCUUUUGAUCAGGUCAAAGACAGCAUGGCCAAGGGAGAGUAUUUCGAUCUCAUUUUUAUGGAUGUCCAGAUGCCCAACCUCGACGGUCUCCAAAGUACGAGACUGAUUCGUCAGAUGGGAUACUCUGCGCCAAUUGUCGCUCUUACGGCUUUCGCGGAGGAGAGUAAUGUGAAGGAAUGUUACGACUCUGGCAUGAAUAUGUUCCUCAGCAAACCUAUCCGACGACCGGCCUUGAAACAGGUCCUGAGUAAAUUUACAACCAUACCCGAAGAGUCAGAGCAAUCUUCCGUCACGAACAAGAGGAGUGCCGCAUCCUCACUGGCCGAGAAAUCCGGCCCCUCCGACAAGACAGAGACACAAGCUGUGGACGGAAAGCCGCCUCCGCCAUCAAGCUAA